GGAGCAGUCCCUCCUCCCGGAGCUCACUGACCGACUGACUGACUGAAAGAGAGCUAGAUUUACUUAACGUUAAGGGUCAUUAGCACGGUGUGUUAGGAAAAGGAGAAAGAAUGGCACCAAAGAGAAAGGCAGCAUCUGCAGCCAAAGCGGGAGGGAAGAAGAUAAAGCAGGAGCCUGAGACUCCAGUAAAAGACAAGUUUGCAUCUGCUAAGGACGCUCUGAAGGCCACAGGACCACAGACUAAGGCCAAGAGGAAACCAGACAGCUUUUGUAAACUGUCAAAUCCUGAGGUACACGAGGACUACGACUGUAUGCUGAAUCAAACUAACAUAGGAAAUAACAACAACAAAUUUUAUGUGAUCCAAGUCUUAGUUGUUGGAGGAAGGUACUAUUGCUGGACAAGAUGGGGCAGAGUGGGAGAGUCAGGACAGAACAAUUUAGCUGGCCCUUCAAAUGUUGAUACUGCCACUAAGAACUUUGAGAAGAAAUUCAAAGACAAGACGAAGAACAACUGGAGCGAUCGGGAAAACUUUGUCUCUUACUCCGGGAAGUACACUCUGAUAGAGGUGGAUGGGGACCAGGAUGUUGAAGUGAAAGUUGAUGCUGUAGAUGCUGGAGCUGCGACGGUGAAAAAGAACAUUCUGCCAUGCACACUGGACAGUUCCACUCAAAGGCUCAUGAAGUUCAUCUUCAACAAUGACAUGUUCAAAGAAGCCAUGGAGAACAUGAACCUCGACAUUAAGAAGAUGCCACUGGGGAAGCUGAGUAAGCAGCAGAUUGCAAAAGGGUUUGAGGCAUUAGAGGAGAUUGAGGAGGCCAUAAAGAAGAAAAGUAAUCAAAACACUUUAGCAGAGAUCACUUCUAAGUUCUUCACCAUUAUUCCACAUAAUUUUGGCCGCAGUAGACCCCCUGUCAUCAACGAUGCUUCCAUCCUUCAAAGCAAGAAAGAGAUGCUUCUGGUCUUAGCAGAUAUAGAGAUAGCCCAGUGCCUCAAAGCCGAGUCAGAAAAGGCUAAAGAGGAGAUGAUAGAGACUGCGCCUCAUCCAGUAGACCAGGACUACCAGUCUCUCAAAUGCAACCUCACCCUGCUAGAUAAGAAAUCCAAUGAAUUUAAGAUUAUUGAGAAGUACUUAAACACCACUGGCCGUGGACUCACCAUAGUAGAUGUAUGGGAAGUAGACAGAGAAAAAGAGGCAGAGCGCUUCAGUGAGAACGAUACUUUGGAGAACCGGAAGCUGCUAUGGCACGGCACGAAUGUGGCAGUGGUCGCAGCCAUUUUGAAGAGCGGCCUUCGCAUCAUGCCCCACUCUGGAGGACGGGUGGGCAGGGGGAUCUACUUUGCCUCUGAAAAUCAGAAAUCAGCUGGUUAUGUCUGCCCUUCAAACAAUAUUGGGAUUAUGUUUCUCAAUGAAGUUGCUCUGGGAAGAGAGCACACCAUCACUGUAGAUGACUGUGGCCUAAGAAAGCCUCCUAAUGGCUAUGACAGUGUGGUAGCACGUGGAAGACAAGAACCAGAUCCCUCAAAAGAUGUCAUCAUUGAGUUGGAUGGUAAGAAGGUGGCAGUUCCACAGGGAAAAGCUAUAAACCAGCCUCAAUAUGAAAACAGCCAUUUCUAUAACAGUGAGUAUCUCAUUUAUAAAGAAAGUCAGUGUCGCAUCCGUUACCUGCUGGAGCUCCGUUUUAAUGGCACUACUAAGUAGACUGGGAAAAAAACAGGAAAUUGUUCUGGUAAUAACAUGAAGGUAUAAGUUGCACUUUACUAAGCAAAAGACAUUGUUCUGUCAAGAGUCGGAUUUGUUGACAUAUCAAGCAUAAUUUCACUUGAGUACAGUAUGAGAUCAGUUGGCAACCUGGAUUUAUGAACCUACUUUUUCAUGUGAGAGACACUUUAGUAAGUAUUUUUGUUGCUUUAUAAGUGGCGAUUACCCAUGAUGUAUUUUUUUUUUUUUUACUGUGAAUGAAUAAACCUUCUAAUAAUUAAAAAAAAAUUUGCAAUUUACAUGUAAAGACAUUUUGAAGUUAAACAUUUACUUUUUUUCAGUUCCAAAUGUAACAUUUUCAAUUUUAUCACUUGGAUUUUUUGUUUGGAAAAGUCAGGUUCAUGGUAGAGUUAGAUGUUAUAUUUCUCUGUUCAAAUCUUGUGUUUUAUUAAAGUUACAUGGUGCCACUAUAUUCAACCAUACUGCUUGAGCAUUGUAUGGGCAAAUAGACUCUUGAAAAAGCUUGAGAAUUGCAUCUAGAAUAUGUGCAUCUCCAUGAUGUAGGUGUAAAGCAACAUCAAUUGAUGAUUUGGGCUUCCUUUCAAAGGAGCUUUAGUUUUAAAUGCAUGUCAAUUUGUCACGUUAUUUGAUACCUUUUCAUCUUACUUCAAAAUUAGCUUUUCAAAAGUCCUACUUUGCAUAGCUCUCAUUCCAAAUCCCUCAAAAUACAGUACAGUGUGGUUGCUAAUGUUUUUGUUAUAAGUGUAGCAUUUUCAGGUACUCUCUCACAAGAUAUUAUGAUGACCCAUUCUUCAUUUACUCUUAUGUGUAACACCUUUGAAUGUUUUAUAUUUGUUUGGACAUUGUUCCUUUUGAUUAUGAUAAUACAUUUCUUAGUAUGUUAUGCAGAGAUCACUUCAUGCUUCUGCUUCAUUCUUUUAGCACCAUGACAGAUCAGUAAUAGUGGCUACUGAUGUUUUUUUGAAAGUGUAAACGGUUUGACACUUUAUAACGUAUCUCUUCAUAUUGCACUUAAGGAUGUACUGUAGAUUUUGGACAGCAUUUAGCCAAAGACUUUUUUUCAUGCUUCAAAGUUAUAUUGCACACUUGUUAUAAUAGAUUCUGAAUGAAUGUUAAGGUCCUAAGAGUGCCUUAGUGAUGUUAUUGCUGUAAUAACAAUGCAAUGCAAAAAAUAAAUAAUUGUGUUAACCCCUCA